AUGGGCCCCAACUUGCUCGUGCUGCUGCUGCUCCUGACACUAGCAGGUCAGGGCUCAGUGGGCAGCCUCCCCGAGCUGCUGCAGGUGCCCGAGGGGGAGUCCAUUGUGAUGCAGUGCUACUAUCGACUCCAGGAUGUCAAGGCUCAGAAGGUGUGGUGCCGUUUCCUGCCAGAGGGCUGCCAGCCCCUGGCGUCCUCAGCAGUGGAUCGCAGAGUCCCAGCAGGUGGACGUAUGUUUCUCACUGACCUGGGUGGGGGCCUGCUUCAGGUGGAAAUGGUCACCCUGCAGGAGGAGGAUGCAGGGGAGUAUGGCUGCGUGGUGGAGGGAGCUGCUGGGCCUCAGACCUUACACCGCAUCACUCUGGAAGUGCUCCCUCCAGCUCCUAGCCUGAAAGAGGAGGAGACCUAUAAGACUGGUAAUCUGACUGAGGAGCCCUCCUUACACCCUGUGGGCAGUGCCAGCCCUUUGGAACCCAGCCAAGAUAAGAAGAGCAUCCCAUUGAUCGGGGGCGCUGCGCUCCUACUAGGCCUGCUGGUGGUAGCAGUGCUGCUGUUUGCCGUGGUGACCAAAAGGAAAGAAAACAGGCUUGCUGCCUGUGGCCGAUUCCAGAGUAGCAGAGUUCCAGGCAUGCCCUCCUCAGUGGGCCACCACAUCAGUGAUUCUGGACUGGCUGCUGAUUUGUCAUUGGAUGUACCAUAUGUUAGGCUCGACUCACCACCCUCCUUUAACAAUACCACCUACAGCAGCCUACCUCUUGAUCUCCUAUCGGGGAAACCCUCACUUCCACAGCCACCACACCCUCUGCCUCCUAAGGUCCUGAUCUGCUCCAAGCCUGUGACAUAUGCCACAGUCAUCUUCCCUGGAGGGGACAAAGGAAAAAGGCUCAGAAAGAGCUCCUGUGAACUAGCCCCGGAUCCACUUAAUAGCCAGACUCAACACAGCUAA